CAUCCUCUCGGCAUCUUCCAAUGACUCACACGCUCCCCCUCCCCCCGCAUGUCACACGUUUUCGCCCCAUCUCCUCCCGCCUCCCCGCGUUCGCUGCCUCUUAUUCGUCCGCUUCCACUCACCUACUACGCCAGGCUUCAAAUACGCUGCAGGAUGUCUAUAUUGAAUAUUGUUGCCAGGGAGAUCCUGGACUCCAGGGGAAACCCCACUGUGGAAGUGGAUCUGCAUACAGACAAAGGUCUGUUCAGGGCUGCCGUGCCCAGCGGCGCGUCCACCGGCAUCUAUGAGGCUCUGGAGCUCCGGGACGGAGACAAGACGCGCUACAAGGGCAAAGGUGUAACCAAAGCUGUUGGCCACAUUAAUGACACCCUUGCACCUGCCCUCAUCCAGUCGGGAACCAGUGUGUUAGAGCAGGAGAAACUGGACAACAUGAUGAUUGGAAUGGACGGCACUGACAACAAAUCUAAGUUUGGGGCCAACGCUAUUCUGGGCGUGUCUCUGGCCGUCUGCAAGGCCGGCGCGGCAGAGAAAGGAGUCCCCUUGUAUCGCCACAUUGCCGAUUUGGCCGGAAACAGAGAGCUGGUGCUGCCUGUUCCUGCGUUCAACGUGAUCAACGGGGGCUCCCAUGCCGGGAACAGACUGGCCAUGCAGGAGUUCAUGGUGCUUCCUGUUGGGGCGGAGUCGUUCCGCAACGCGCUCCGCGUGGGGGCCGAGCUCUACCAGACGCUGAGAGGCGUCAUCAAGGAGAAAUACGGCCAGGAUGCCACCAACGUGGGGGAUGAGGGAGGCUUUGCCCCCAACAUCCAGGAGAACAGUGAAGCGCUGGAGCUGAUAAAGACGGCCAUAGAGAAAGCGGGCUUCACGGACAAAGUGGUGAUAGGGAUGGACGUCGCUGCCUCCGAGUUCUUCAUCGAGGGCAAGUACGACCUUGACUUCAAGUCUCCCCCCAACGCCGCGCGCAACAUCAGUGCCGAGGAGCUGGCCGGCAUCUACCAGGGCUUCAUCAGCAACUACCCUGUUGUGUCCAUUGAAGACCCGUUUGACCAGGACGACUGGCCUGCUUGGUCACAGUUCACAGCCUCAGUGGGCAUCCAGGUGGUUGGCGAUGAUCUGACAGUGACUAACCCUCGCAGGAUACAGCGAGCUGUGGAGGACAAGGCCUGUAACUGCCUGCUGCUCAAAGUCAACCAGAUUGGUUCGGUCACCGAGGCCAUCAAGGCGUGUAAACUGGCCCAGGAGAACGGCUGGGGCGUGAUGGUGAGCCACCGCUCGGGGGAGACGGAGGACACGUUCAUAGCCGAUCUGGUGGUUGGUCUGUGCACUGGGCAGAUCAAGACUGGAGCUCCCUGUCGGUCCGAGCGCCUGGCCAAGUACAAUCAGCUCAUGAGGAUUGAGGAGGAGUUGGGCGACCAGGCCCGCUUUGCUGGGCACAGCUUUCGCAAUCCCAGCGUCCUAUAAGCGCUCCUGCCCUCAGCAUAGAGAAAAUAUAUAGAAAUGAUGGCAUAUAUGCAUAACUCACAUGUUUCACUUGAAUUCAUUAAAACUACACCUACACCAUACGUAAGAUUCGCUGUACAGCAUAUUGAUCUGAUGCUUGGGAUUGAUGAGCACAGCUGGUUGCAGUAAAUCCCAAGUCUAGUGGUAAUAAAUGUGCUUUAAUAAUGUGUCUUUCCUCAACGUACCGUUACAGCAUUUCUUCAUUCAACCUGAUCGCUCUGAUUGUCUCCUCACUUGCGCUGCUGAAACGUUCUGACCUUUUGUGUCCCGUUGUGUCCAUCCUACUCCUGUCUCUCAUGAUCUGCUACAAAAAUUGUGUCUGAGGUUAAGCAAAAUAAAGAAAUGGUCUAUGUGAACUUAAA